AUGGCCGACCCCGUCGAUACCACCGUCGAGACCACCGUCGAUACCACCGUCGAGACCACCGUCGAGACUACCGACGGCCCUCCGCCGCUCCCAUACUCUCUGCGCCAGCGAAAACGCUCCAUUGCGUUCUUCUGGACGCUGUUUGUUAUCGACACUCUCGCACAACCACUCAUCCUCUACUUUGCGCUUCGAUAUGGGACCAGUCUGUCGCUGAACUUGGUUUUCUCUAUUAGCACAGCGGCAUUGGGGGGUGUGUCUGUUUUUGAAUACUUUUAUCGAUUGUAUAAUUUGGUGAGAAGCACAUCACGAGCAAGACCGCUGAAUGCACGAAAGUCAUGGCUUGACUUUUUUCAAAUUAACUUCACCAUCGUGUGGUUGAUGCUAGCGGUGGAACUGAUUGUUGGAACCGUCCAUCCAGUCCCAUACAUCCGUCUUCUCGCCAUGCCUCUUCCCACCGUCAUGUUCUACUUUGGCGGCGUCCACCUCACCCUCGACAUCCUACGCAUGUCCGGCCACAAAGCUCCAUUCCGCAUCUCCUCCACUCCGCAAGGCUCCGUUAUGCCUACCGCUCUAUACGUGCUUGUUGAAGAUAUCGUUGCCGUGGACGGAGGCGGCGGCCAGAGUUUUCGUUAUGCUCUUCGAAAACGGUACUUGUCGAGUCCGUAUUUCCGACGCAUGCUUUUCGAGAUGAACUGUUUCUGGGCGGGCGGAUCUUUGAUUGCGGCUGCAGCUAUUACGGCUAUUAUUUUUACUACUCCGAUCAACGUCGCCUAUACACUCGGCUGGUCACUCCCCUUCGCUUGGGCCGGAAUCUGGACUCUCAUCACCUUCCCCUGGGUACGCGCUGAACUCCGCCGCGAAAAAGAAACCUGGGGCAUGGUGCAACGAAACCAUGGCGGCGAGCCCUUCACCGACGACAUCACCGCCAACCCUCGCACUCGCAUGAACUCAUUCCAAGCGCGCAUCUUGCCUUUUACCACCCGCGAAAAACAGACUUCGCCGGAAAGAAGCUCAUCCACGAUCGAGGGGCCGGGCACCGUCCACGACAACGUUGGUAACAACGUCGUCGCAGACCACAGCACCCGCGCUGCAGGCGAUGAGGAGAAUUUCGUCGCUGCCGUGACGGCGGAAGAAGGCACCAUCGGCGCCGGCGGUCUUGAACGAAGCGCUUCUCGGCAUGAUCACGAAACCACCUCCCCGACCAACAUCCAUAAUGAUAAUCACAAUAUCGACCCAAAUCGAGACGUCGAGAAACAAUAA